UUACAGAAUAAAAUUAAUUAAGCAUGUCGCAUAGUCGACAUCCUUCACAUGGAGGGUUGUCGCAAAGUUUUGAAAUGGAACGGAAAUAUUCAGUACCAUCGAAUAUUGAUUCUAGGUCACAUCAUUCCCAAAUGCAUAUGGGUGCAGCUAGUGAAGAUUUACAUGCUUGGUCAAUCUACAGACAAAAUCUAAAUUCAGACUUUACGGAUAGUGCAUUAGGUUCAACGGACAAAAGUCCAUUACCAUAUGGCAAUUUCCAAUUACGGGACACAACAGUGCAAUCAAUUUUAUCUCAUCCUCGAUAUGGACCCAAAUCCGCAUUGGGCUCCAACAUGUAUACUUAUUUAAAAUUUGGCUUACCUCGUGUAUUUCCACCGAAUGGAUCAUCAAAUCGAUCAGGUACACCAAUGGAUCGGGAUCAUCAUGGAUCUCGAAUGGUAUCGAACACGCGAGGAAAUAUAAGGGGAUCAAAACCAAACUUACGUGGUGCUAGAGAUGGAUCAUCUGGAUAUGAUAGUUCAGAUAAUGAAACAACACAACAGCAAUAUAAACAAAAUCGGAAAUAUCGAAGUGAUCCCGAUUUUCGAUUUCAAAAUCAACCAUAUCAUACGGGUGUCACUCAUACCCAUGUACCAUUAGCUGCAAUUGAACAAAGUAGGCGAGAAUCAAAUUGGAAUCGAAAUAAAAGUAUAUCUGAAGCGAAUUUAUUAUCAAACGAAGCUUAUAAUCGGCAUUCACAGUAUAGUUUGAUGAAUCGACGAAAUAGUGUAGCAGAUUUUGGACCUGAAAGUGUAAUUAUGGCACCUAGUCAAUUAGGACGACCAAUAUCAAAAGCAGAAAGCCAUAUGUCAAUUGCGCAGUCAAGGCGAAGUCACAUGACUCCAUCCGUAAUUCGAAAUGAUUAUUUAGCUCAUGAUCAAGUCGAUGUUGGGCAUAAUUUUUUAUAUCCACAUUUACAAGUUCGUGCCUUAGAUAUUACAUCACCUGUAAACAGAGGAAUGUUAUUAUUACAAAAUGUCUCGUUUGAAAUUCGUGGUGGAGAAUUAAUGGCAAUUAUGGCUACGACUGAAUUGGAAGGUACUGGUCUGUUGAACGUUUUAGCUGGUCAUAGAGGGCAUAUUGGUGGCGAUUUAAUAUUAAAUGGACAGAAUAUUAAUAAACAUGUAUUAAAAUCACGUGUUGCUUACGUGCAGUGCGAUUCACAUUUAUGUGAAGAUAUGACUGCACAACAAAUGUUGAGAUUUCAUUAUGAGUUAAAAAAACCAACGGAUAAAUUAGGGCAUUUAAAAAUUGAUGCUACUGAUAGGAUAAAUGUACUGAUUGAAGAUUUGGGCUUAGAACAAGUACGAAAUACCAAAAUAUGUAGUAUGACCACAUCCGAAAAACGUCGACUAAACGUAGCUUGUCAUUUACUAUUAGAUACAGAUAUUGUUGUGUUAGAUCAACCAACGAAAGGUAUGGACAUAUUCGAUACCUUCUUCUUAGUGGAAUAUUUACGACAAUGGGCGAAUGGUGGCACUGGAAAUUCAAUCGGACGUAUCGUAAUAUUAACAUUACAUCCACCGACAUACGAAAUAUUUACAAUGUUGUCACGUGUAUUGUUAAUAUCAGCGGGCCGAGUUAUGUUUAGUGGAAGACGACGAGACAUGCUACCAUAUUUUGCUUUAGUUGAAUAUCCGUGUCCGUCUUUUAAGAAUCCAUCUGAUUAUUACCUGGAUUUAGUAACUUUAGAUGAUUUAUCUGCGGAAGCAAUGCUAGAAUCAUCGCAACGAAUCGAACAAUUAGCGGAUAUAUUUCGAAGAAAACAGGAUCAACUUAGUGAUCCAGGACCUCCAACCACAUUACCACUGACCAUAAAACAUGCGAAUUGUUUUAAACAAGCUUAUAUUCUAUUUUUAAAAUCCUUAUUUUAUACUCAACCAAAUUCAUUUUUAAAAUGGAUAUCUCAUGUGAUAUUAGCGGCAUCAAUGUCAUUAAUUAUUGGUGCAUUAUUUUGGGAUAUACCAUCAACAGAUGCACAAUUAAAUUUAAAUGAUCGUUUAGGUUUUCAUUAUACAAUUAUGUGUAUAUCAAUAUGGCCGAUAUUAAUAACGUUAACCGCAGCGGAAAUACGACGGAAUCGAAACUAUGUGGAACGUGAUAUUAAAGAUGGUUUAUACGGGCGAUUUGUAUAUAUUAUCACGAAGAUAAUAUUUAAUUUAGUUCCAUCAAUAUUUGUAUGGAUUACCUAUUUGGUACCAAGUUAUUCGAUGAGUGGUCUUUAUAUGCAAGGGCCAGCAAAUUUUGAUGCAUUUUAUAUAUACUUAGGUUACAUGUUAUUAUAUUUGAAUUGUUUACAAAUAUUUGUUAUAUUUUUUGUAUAUACAAUACCGGCAUCAAAUUUUGCAACAAUUUUUGCUGGCAUAUUGCUAAUGGCUAUAUUUAUGGUAUGCGGUUAUACGGUACAUUUUAACGAUUUAACAAUAUACACAACAUGGUUGGAAUAUGUUAGUCCAACAAAAUGGUUAUUCCCAAUUAUAUUAAAUCGGGAAUUUUCAGUUGAGGCUAUUGCGAGUAAUGCAGGAAAUAUAUUAUGUCGAAAUAAACAGAUGCAGAAUCAAGAUAUCAUCGUGCAAUUAUGUCCACCACCAAACGGUACCCAAGCACUAGCCAAUUACGAAUAUUUAAGUAGUAGUCCACAUGUACAAACAAAUUAUCCAAGUACAACGUUGGCAUUAUUAGUAUUUUAUGGUGUUUGUUUUCUAUUGACAUGUUUUGGUUUUACAUUGAAUUGUUGUAAAUCAAAAAAACAGAAUGUUGUGUUCAAAAAAGGACGUGGUGAUCCAAAUAAACCUUAACAAAUUGACUUAUGUAUAACGAAAAUGUAUUUUUUGUAGUAUUAUUUGUGGAAGAGAGUAUUCACGCAAGAAGCGAAGUGUGUAUUUUAAUUUUUAAUUAUUUUUGUAAUUGAUUAUUUCAAAAAGGCACUCUUUCAAUAUUUUCAAAUAAUACGCCAUUCGAUUUUUUGGUAAUUCAGAUAAAUUUGUAUACCAUGUAUUUGUUAGAUUCAUUGUGCGAUGAAGCAUAAAAAUAAAGUGCAAUUAGUUUGUUUUGGAAGUUUGGGUAGUAAAAUUAUGUAGUUUUAUGCAGUAAAAAUUUCUUUAGGCACGUUGAGCAGUUUUUGGGUGAACAAAAAUUAUGAGCACACUUACAUUGAGCACAAUUAGUUCUGGGAUGGUUGAUCGCUUGAAGCAUUGUGUAAUGUUGCUUUUUUUGUUAUUUAUAAUAGUUUUUUAUACAAACGUUAUAAUUUCAAUCUACAAAUUAUGAAAUUUUAAUCAUUUAUGCUACAAUUACUUAAAAAAUACACAAUUAGUGGUAGCCUACACCAACGGCGUGAUCUACAUGAUUUAUUUGACCUAAAACUAAUAUCUAAUUUGAAAACUUGCUCUUUUGGUCGAUAUUUAAAGAUUACUUUUUUUAUUUAAUAGUUGCCUUGAGCCCUCGGAUCUGUGGAACGCCAAAUGGAACUAAUAAAAACUCUGAUUCAUGCGACUAUAUCCACCCAGAUUUACAUUCAAAUGUUUUUCAUAAACAUAAAAUAUGCUCCUUAAUUAUCCAAACUUUUACGAAUUUUGUCCGAAAAAAAUACUAAAACAGAAAACUUCGGCCAAGCAUGAAACCGAACACCAAUUAACAACGCCAAUAAGCAACUCUCAAACAGUACUAUAUAACAUCGCAAAGUAAUUCAUUCAUUUUGGUAUACCGAUUGUAAGCUAUCUCGUUAGUCAUAAAAUAUAUGAAGUAAGAGUAAGAGUAAGAGUUUUUAUAAACGUUCUUAUGUAUAAAACAACGAGGGAAUGUGAACUGUUUGUUAUGUUUAUGUGUUUCUGAAUGUGAUUGGUAUUGUAUAUGUACAUCUUCAAGUAAUGAGUCUGACCGGCUGGGUUAUUGUACACAUAUACAAUUCCUCUUUGUUUUAUAGAUAAGAAUGUCCGUAAGAAGUCUUCCUACUUCAUAUAAUAUAACUGGCUAACGAUAUGGUCUACAAACAGUAUAACCAUUAUAUACUUGCCCAUUUUUGUUGUUGUUUCGUAUUCGCUUUCUAAUCUGGCAGCAGUAGAAAGUGCAAUAAGAAUAUUUGGC